AUGGCUCCCAAGAAGAAUCGCGAUCGUCCCUUGACUCCGACUCCCGCCCUCGCAGCUCACCAGGAUGCAGCUCCCGCCGCGGCGCCUCUCGCAGCCAAAUCAUCGGCCACAAAGAGCGGACGGGCAAAUUGGGAUGACGUGCUGCUCAACAUCUACCAGUACUAUAUGAAGGAGACGCCUCAGCGGACAAAGCUGAUUGACGCCUUUCUCCUCUUUCUCGUCGCUGCUGGUGGCUUGCAGUUCCUGUACUGCAUCCUCGCAGGCAACUACCCCUUCAACGCCUUCCUCGCAGGUUUCGGUGCCACUGUCGGCCAAUUCGUCUUGACGGUUUCCUUGCGGAUACAGACGACUGCUGCGAACAAGAGUGAUUUUCCAUCCAUUUCUCCCGAAAGAGCUUUUGCGGAUUUUGUGGUGUGCAGCCUCAUAUUGCAUUUCUUCUGCGUCAACUUCAUCAACUAA